GGAGUUGAAAUUUGAAAUAUAGACAACUAAAAAUUUUUGAAGUUAAUGUUUGCACUUGCAAUUUAUUUAUACAAAAAAUUUAGUAUGAGUAAAAGCCUGAGACAUCCAAAACUGAUUCAGAUUUCAAAGAUCUUUCAAGAUAAAUUUUCAAAAAGUUAAUCCAAACCCAAAUAAAUAUUAAAAAAUAAAUUUUUAAAAUCCAAUUCAAAAUGUUACUACAUGAAACGCUAGCUUAAUAGUGGGUAGAGGAAGGCAGAUUUUUAUAAUAUCGAGAAAGGGACAGAGAAACUUUUCAUGUCCCAGUUGAUACUGUACGAGGAGUUGGAUUUUAAAAUUAAAAGGAAAGCACUCCUCAUUUAUUAAUGCAUUCGGAACUUUCCGGUUUUUGCUCUUCUUUUGUCUUUCCAUUUCCAUUUGUAAGCAAAUAAGGUUAAAAUGGAACAAGCAAAAAAAGAACUGGAAAUUCUGGAAACUGAGUAUCCAAACAAGUUUGAGUAUCUCAAGUUGGAGCUAAGAUCCUUCAUCUCUUUUCUUGAAUCUGACUCUCUUCCUUCUUCAUCCUAUGUUGAUACUCAAGAGUCAUCAAGCAACAGGAAGAGGAAAACUGGAAGCUCUGGUAGUCGAGAAGAGCCCAGGAAGAAACAGCAAAGGGCAGUGCAGGAUACUGCGGGUUGUACCAAGAGAAGUAGGAUUGAUGUUGUCAUGGAGAGGGCUCAGGCAUGUCUUCAGAAAAUCCAACGAUUCAAGACCAGCAACAAGUGAAUGAGUGAUUAAAGAGGGCCU